AUGUCCUACAAAGUCAACGGGUCGUGUCCGGAUGACGAGUUUUUAGCCCAAAGGCUCCUCCUCAAAGGCUGCGAGCCUUUACCCCGCCGCCGCUGCCACCCUGCCUCAAACGCUAACUAUGUGGAACCCUAUCCUCUUCCCAAAAGCUUGUGGUCCACACCAUCCGACUCCUCAGUCGUAUGGACAGCUUACAAAUGCAAAGACUACAACUGCCUCGUCAACAGAAAGAAAAACCAUAAUGGUUUUGACGACUGCUUAGACUGCUUUGACCUUCAAGGAAAUGAGAAAACUCGGUGGGAAGGCAAAGGAGGAGGGCUAGACUUCGGUGUGGAUGAAGUCUUGGGGUUCAAGAAACCCGGGACGAUACGAAUCGGGCUGGACAUUGGCGGCGGAGUGGCCACAUUCGCUGUGAGAAUGAGGGAAAGGAACGUCACAAUUGUGACAACUUCAAUGAACUUGAACGGUCCUUUUAACAGCUUCAUAGCUUCAAGAGGGGUUGUGCCUUUGUACAUAAGCAUUUCACAGAGACUGCCUUUUUUCGAUAACACUUUGGAUAUUGUGCAUUCAAUGCACGUUUUGAGUAAUUGGAUACCAACGACGUUGCUUCAUUUUGCGGUGUUUGAUAUCUACAGAAUCCUUAGGCCUGGGGGGUUGUUUUGGCUUGACCAUUUUUUCUGUGUAGGUGAGCAGUUGGAAGAGGUCUAUGGACCGCUCAUUGAGAGCGUUGGGUUCAAGAAGUUGAAGUGGGUUGUUGGGAGGAAGCUUGAUCGUGGGCCGAAGCUACGGGAGAUGUACCUUUCGGCUUUGCUGGAGAAACCAUUGAAGAAUUCUUGGUGA